AUGAACAAUAAACCGGCGCAGGCAAAGAAGGGAAAGGCGCCCGCUAAGCGCAACUCGGAGGCGCGUCGGGAGCAGAACCGCAUCGCGAGCCGGAACUACCGGGAGAAGCGGAAGCAGAAACUCGCGCUAUUAAAUCAGAUCCUGGAGCCAAGUGUUUCUGAGUUGGCCAAUGUAGUUGACGCUGCGGGCCAGGGCGGUUCGGAUGAUGCAGCGCUUCCUCAGAUGGCAUCUAGCGCAACGGUGGUUGACCCUAUCGCUUCGAUAGAUACGUCCACUGUCGGUCAAGAUGCUUUCACCGAGUCACUGUUUCCAGACGACACCUGGGGGGAUCUCACUGCAUCGACUAUCCCAGCAUCGAAUGACCCAGUUGCUCAACCGUUCCCGAACUCAUUACCAUUCCCAUUCACCCCCGUAGAUGACCCCUUUGCGCCUAUGGACAUGAACCUCUGGGCGGCCAACAGCUUCAGACCACAACAACUGGUACAGUUCUCAGGAGACUACGUAAAUACAGGCAUAGUUCAAGAGAUAUCUGAAGACAGCCCAGAGUCCACUGAUCAAGAAGGACAACCCGAAUCCCUCGCACCAACCACCCAAGACGAUAGAGCCUUGAAAAACAUCCUUAACGGCGUGGAAACUCUCACCCUCGGUCAGAAACGCUCCCUGCUCCGCCAUCUCCAACAAGAAACCCAAGACACGCCGUCCAAGCCUCCUCGAAUGUGGCCGCCGACCCGUGCCCAGAUGGAGUCCCUCAACAAGUUCACAAAGGCCUUAUACAACGCCGCCAACGCAGGCCCAACCCCGCUACCGGCGCAGUACAUCGUCGAGGCGGGCCUUUUUGGGGCGAUAUAUGCCAACUGCUACGCCCUCGGCAUGGGCGGAAUCGAGGAGAUCCUCUGCGAGGAGGGAUGUAGCAUCUUUUCUGUUACGGCGGAUGAAGGACAUGCACCCUCACAGCUUCCCCUCGUGAGGCCAAGGUUCCGCAGCGUGACGCCGGAUCUUCGGCCAACUGACUUGCAACUCACCUUUGGGCAUCACCCCUAUGUUGACGUCAUCCCUUUCAGAUCCUUCCGAGACAACAUCAUCAAGGCACUUCUCCAUGACCCGCCCCUAAUCGACGAAGACAUCCUCUGCCAGGACCUUUUGGCCGGCGGCUUCACCUGCUGGGGCUCUAGACGCAGCCCCCUGGGCAUGAACGCCGGGGUGCCCUGGGACGCCCGGAGCUGGGAGCCCAGCAUCUGGUUCCUCAUCAAGUACCGCCAGCUGACGGGCGGCUGGGAUGACGAGAUGUGGAAGAGCGCGCGUUGGUGGCAUAGUGUACGUGGAGAGAGGAUCCAAAUGGCGCAGGCCAUGAGUAUGAUGGACAACGGAGCGUGUGGGGGAGACUUGAGGUGGCAGUGA